GCCAACUCAGCCGCCACCCAGCCAUCUUUUUCCCAUCCAAGUUCUCAACUUCCCCUCCCAAACCCCCUCGCUCGAUUACUCCCUCGGACCGACGGACGGACCCUCCUCGGCUCUAUUCAAUUCCUCUUCCACAAGUCUCCGAUCGGAUCUCCCACCAGCGCCGACGAUGGAGCCCAAGCCGCCCACGUCCUCGGAGGAGGAGGCGGCGGCGGGGCCGACGACCCCUCGGUUCAGGCUCGGGAAGCAGUCGUCCCUGGCGCCCAGCCGCGGCGGUGAAAACGGCGCCGAGGUGUCGGGGGAGGCCGCCGGCGUCGCCAGCUUCCAGAUGAUGUACCUGGCCCACGAGGGCAACGCGGAGGGGAUACGCGAGCUCCUCGACGCCGGCGCCGACCCCAACUUCCGCGACUCCGACGGCCGCACGGCGCUGCAUAUCUCCGCCUGCGAGGGCCACGCCGAGGUCGUCGCUCUGCUGCUCGACCGCGGCGCGGAGGCCGUCGUCGAGGACCAGUGGGGAAGCACGCCUUUGGCAGAUGCGAUGCAUUACCAGAACCAUGAUGUUAUCAAGAUCUUGGAGAAGCAUGACUCGAACCAUAAGGUUGCUCCUAUGCAUGUUAACAGUGAUCGUGAUGUUCCUGAAUACGAGAUUGAUCCGGACGAACUUGACUUCACAAAUGGCAAAGAUUUAGCUAAGGGUACAUUUCGGAAAGCAACAUGGAGGGGCAUUCUGGUUGCUGUUAAAAAGCUGGAUGAUGAUGUACUUACUGACGAGAACAAAGUACAAGCAUUCAGAGAUGAGCUUGACGUUCUGCAACUAAUACGGCAUCCAAAUGUCGUUCAAUUUCUGGGCGCUGUAACACAAACCAACCCAAUGAUGAUUGUCAUGGAAUUUAUGCCGAAGGGUGAUUUGCGCAAACACUUGAAUAGGAAAGGAGCUCUGGAACCUUUGUAUGCAGUUAAAUUAGCUCUUGAUAUUGCAAGAGGAAUGAGUUACUUACAUGAGCAUAAACCCCAAGCUAUCAUCCACCGUGACCUUGAGCCUUCAAACAUAUUGAGGGAUGACACUGGGCAUCUGAAGGUGGCAGAUUUUGAUUUGUGUAAGAUGCUAAAGUGGAGAAGAAAAGUCAGAGAGGACAAACCAGUUACUUCUCCUGGCAAUGCCUGUAGGUAUGUAGCUCCAGAAGUCCUGCGUAAAGAGGAGUAUGAUAAUAAAGUUGAUGUCUUCUCAUUCGCUUUGAUACUUCAGGAGAUGAUUGAAGGAUGCCUGCCUUUUCACGAUAAGAAAAUUGAUGAAAUUGAGAAGGCCCAUAGUUCUAAAGAAAGGCCACCGUUUAGAGCUCCUGCAAAGCAUUAUGCCUACGGGCUAAGAGAGUUGAUUGAGAAAUGCUGGAGUGAAAAUCCUGCUGAUAGGCCCAAUUUUAGAGUUGUCAUUGAUCGGUUGUCUGCCAUCCAAAUUGAACUAGCUCGCAGAAACCGUUGGAAGGUCAGACCUCUCAAGUGUUUCCUUAGCUUCGAAGGUUUGCGGAAAAAGGAUCGCAAUGAGGGCAGCACCAACCGCUCGUCACGCUCGUCGCGAUAGCAGCCAGCUGAGGUUGUUGAUGUCAUUUGGCGGAUCAUAUUCAUGAUUGAUAGGAAGUCAACUCACUGUACCAUUUUCUUUGUGUAUCGAAAUUCUCUCUGCAGAAGAAUGGUAUGGCAAGUGUUACUUCCCUGCUGAUCAGAACACCUGUUGUACACCAGAGGUUUAUCACUAAGCCAUCAAGGAAUUCAUGUACAGAUUGAUCUCUUCGGUUUAUAGUUUGCUUUCUGUGAUAGCUAAGCAACUCCUUUUAAGGAAUGUAAUCUCACGUUGUUGUGGUGUGGCAUUCUUUUGAGGAAUGGUAUUCGGUCAUGUUAUCAA